GUUUCCUCUGUCCAUUUCAGAGGCUACAGCUGCAAGCGUGAGGUUAGAAAGCAACACACGGAGAGAAAUCUCCAGAAAUUCAGGCAAAAACAUUUUUAUUUAUUGCAAUUACAGAAUCUUUAAUAUUUGAAAAAUGUCUGAAAAAGCGGCUGGUGAAACCUCUGAAAGGAAACCUUCAACCAACAAGAGCUUCAGGAAGCUGCGCGCCGUGAGCAUGGUGUGCAGCCUGACGAGCGGCUGGCAGCAGUGGGUGGCGGAAAACGAGAAGAAGCAAGCCAGCGAGCCCAGCGGCUGGGCGCCGUCGUCCAACGACCAACCAGGGGAACCCAAAAAGAGAUGGGCCCCUAAAAAGCCUCAUUCUGCACAAACCCAACCAAAUCUGGAGACACUUUCAGAGACUCGAACAUCUCCAUCCCAGGGAGCGCCCAGCAAUGACGACGUUCAAACCGCAAACGAUCAGCCAUCUUGCAUCAAAACAAAGCAGGUGGUGAAGACCGUGUCCAGUGGCAUCCAGGAGAAAAGCACAGGUGUCGGCUUCCUGGCUGAGAAGCUGAAAAGGGAAUCUCUCCCUUUGGGUGAUGAGAUUGACCAGCUGCUGAAGAAGAAGAGCUCCCCGACGCGCCGCAGGAAGUGCUCCAACAUGGUGUCCUCCCUGACGAAAAGCUGGAAGCAGGUGGAGAAUGAGCGGAAACUCGGGAAGGAAGGAGGAGGGCAAGGAGAUGCUCACAGCUGUGGGCAAGACAAAGGAGACAGAGAGAAGGAGAGUGUAAAUGAGCAAGACGCUCAGAGACACAGUGAGACGGUUUCAAAAGCAGGAGAGAGAAGCGACUCUGACGAAGACUCAGUGAGGAUAAAAAGACCCCAAGUCUCAGUGUACAAAAAGGAAGCUGAGGAUGCCAACAAGAUCAAUGCCCUUUCCAAGAAGCACAGCGCUGUUGGAAACCUGAAGAGUCGCUGGCAGAACUGGGCGGUGGAGCACACAGUCAACCAGAAGCUGAACCCCUUCAGCGAAUACUUUGACUACGACUACUCGAUGUCGCUUCACCUGCAGAAGGGCGAGGAGGGCUACGGUCGUCCAAAGGAGGGCACAAAGACCGCGGAGAGGGCCAAACGAGCCGAGCAGCACAUCCACCGUGAAAUAGACGACAUGUGCUACGUGAUCAGGACUAUGGCCGAUCCGGAUCCAGACGGAAAGACGCGCGUCACGUUCGGCCAGCUUUUUGACAGAUACGUUCGAAUCUCUGAUAAGGUGGUGGGGAUCCUGAUGAGAGCCCGGAAACACGGGAAGGUGGCGUUUGAAGGGGAGAUGCUGUGGCAGGGCCAGGAUGACGGAGUCAUUAUUACUCUGAUGGUCUGAUGGGUUACACCUGAUAGCAGAUU